UAAAAGCACAAGCAUCUAUCAAUGAUAACUAGUGUUCAGUAAGAGAUCUUAUAACGGACAAUGGAGCAAUUUUUAUUUCUAACAUCUUUAUCGAUCUUCAUAUUAAAUUUAAGUGGAGCUUACGGUCAAACCACGUACGCAGAAAUACUUACAACAUUUCAAGCAAAAUCCACUCUUGAUGUAUUGCCAUUGUUUACUUUGUGUAAACAAGAGAUUGUUCCUAAAGUCACUUUAGCACUAGAUGCAGUGUUCAAAAUCAACUUACAUACUGAAAUUGAUCCCAGCUCAAGAAAUGAAAGAAUCAAUGACCUUAUUAGAAAUCAAGUAUCAAUGAACAUUUUAAUUGACGCAAUAAAGGGACUUAUGCCACAGACAACUGCUUAUAUGGCCGUACCGCUUGAAAUCAAUUCAUUAUACCAGGAUUGGCAACAAACGAUGUUUACUCAGGAGCAAUUUCAGCGAAUUAUUAAUCAAUUGAGUGUGGUUCGAAAUAUACAACGAAAUAUGGGCAAUGCAUUUGUAAUAGAAAUGAACGAAAUUGCGAAGAAAGUAAAACAAUUUAAAACAAAUUCAAGGCAAAUUCUUGCACAAUGGAAGAUUCGUGAAGAAACUACACUAGGACCUGCCUUAGAUUCUUAUAUUGCACAAGAAAACGAAAUUUUAGAACAUCUUGAGAAAGGGAAAAGAGUCAUGACAGACUACAUUGAGCGACGUAACUUGUGGAUAAAGUUUCUAAUGGGUGUAGACACAGCCGUCUAGAGGUUAUAUAUCAAUAAAACCAACACAAAAGUUAAUUUAUUCAAAGAAAAGUUAUGAAUUUCCAUAUAACUUUGGAAACACAGCGAUUUUUCGUGCUAAAAUUCGACAUUUUUCACGAAUUAUCGUAUAGUUUUCACUUUUAUUUAUUGUUCAUAACAUUCUUUUGAAUAUUUUUUUCAAUUCAACAUUUUCAUUACUUAUUUUUGUAUGUGAUAUGAUGAUAUUGGAAAAUAAAAUAGCUCAAAAAUUAAUACAGCCUCAA